CCUGCUCCUGUGGAGCUUACAUUCUAAUGUAAGAGACAAACAUCAAACUAACUACACAAUUAUUUUGUGACGAUUGUGAUGAGUGCUAUUGAAAAAUCUGUGCUAUUGAAGCAAAUGGAAUAUAUGAAGAAUGAAACUGGGGGAUUAAGGAGAAAGAUGUUUGAACUGAUUUUUAAAGGAAAAAUACUUAAUUAGCAAUGAUGGGGAAUGGGAGGGCCUAAUUCCAAGUUAUUGUGUGGAACAACUGAGCAAAGUCUUGGAUUGGUAGUUAGUAAUACUACCAAUGUAGUAUUGGUAUGUCCAGGAACUGAAAGGGUUUGGAUGACUGGUACACAGUGAGCAACAGGAGCCAGUGGCCUUGGGCAGGGCUGCUGUGGCACUCAAAGGAAAAAAGAGACAGGUAAAUUGUGUCAAUAAUUUUUUUCUUUAUUGUAGUAAUUGCAGGAUGCUAUUAAAAGGUCUUGUGCACUCACUUAAAUGGAGGAAGGAGGUUAGUAUUAUUUGACCUAGAGUAAAAAUUAUAGGCCCAUGAGGAAAUUACUAACCUCCUGCAUGAUCCUUCUAGUGUAUAAAUUGUGGCUUUGGACAAGAUGAGUACUAAGGUUUCCUUCAACUCUAAAAUUCUAUGAAUACCUCUGUAUAUUUAAUGCUACAGUGUCAGUUACAGGUCACUUGACUUACUCUUCCUGCCUCUAGAAAUAAACAACUUUUAGAUCCAAUUAUAAGCUAUAUUUUAAUCUGUUUAAUAGUGGUAAGAAUGAAGUUUAAUUGCCUCAUAUAAGGUUUGGAAGUCUUUAAAAUGGGAAGUGGGAAAGGCGGCAGUAGUAACCAGAUGCAAAGUAUGAAUGCAAAAAAAAAUCAACGUUUCUAAGGAUUAGAAAAGUAGGCAGGGAGGAAAAAUUCAGCUGGCCAGGAACAUUUAAUUUAAAGCAGCUAGUAUCAAAAGGAAGUUUAGGGGUGGGGAUUGUUUAUCAGCAAGCUCCAUCUUCGUGUGCCUUCCCACAUCAUUUUUGUCACUUAAAUUGACUUUCUGCAAGUUUUUGUAAUAUGUUAUGCAAACACAGUUUCAAGGACCCCCAAUUCUUGAGAUUUGGCUCAAAUUAAACAAUUCGUGUUUAAAAACUAUGGAAAAGCAAGUGAAGGCAACUUAAGGCUUUGAAGGACAAGACUGUGUGUAUUUCAGGAAUUAACUGGGUCGCUUAAUUCAAAAUGUUGAUACUAAACGGGACCUUGGAGAUCACCUUUAAAGCACACUCCUAAUUCUGCAGGUGAGAAAGUGCCUUCCCAAAGUAAUAGUAAGUGGAAGGGGGUAGCCACAGCCCAGGGGGCCUUCCAUGACCCUCGGUGGACUCUCAGGUAUCUUUUACUGUGAACCCGCAGCCCUCUUCACGGCCCAGAGGCGCGUACAGGAGACUGAACCCUGGGCAGCCUUUCCCGGGUGGCCCUCUAUGUCUUCCUCUUCUUCCCCCUUAGGUGCUGGGGCGGGCACCCGGUGCAGGGUGGGCACGGGGCCGGCCACGAGCCUCAGGCGCUAGGAAAAGCGCAGCUUCUUCUGGAUAACCGAAGAGACGUCAAGACAGGCAGGGGCGAAGUGGUCAGGGCAGACGACGCAGCGGUCAUUGCCUCGUACCAGUCGGUGCGGCAGCCCUACACAAAGCGGGCCCGCAGCAGCCGCACGGCCGGGUCUCUGGGGAAGCGGCACAGCGACUUCCCAGACUAAGUGGUGAUGCCGCAGUAGGCGGCCGCCUUCGAAACGGGGGAGCGGGGGAGCGGGGGAGCAGGGGAGCCCGCACGCCGGCACGCUCAUCUCGGCAGCCUCGGCGAGGCUGUCGACUCCGGCCCGGGCCUGCUUCCUUCCCUCCCUCUGGUCUCCGGAAGUACCGAACUGGGGCCCAAGUGAGAGAGUUCUUUGAUAUCGUCUCCCUCCUCCCUGCAACGCUCACCUUAGAGCAGGCGGACACCCGCAAUGGGAUACAAAUUUCGCGCUGGCCGUGCUGAGGUGGGCCGUAAACAGGGACGGACCGGAAGUGGUGGUUGUCAUAGCCACCGACCGAUGUGGGCAGCCUCUUCCCGACCUUAUCCUCCUCCCAAUACUCCUGCUCUGUUUCUACAUGGCCGGCAAAAUAGAACGAGGAAGUGCCGACGCACCAGGUUCUCAAAAACACAGCCAGAGACUAUACCGACUAUGUAGUCCUGUUGAUUUGGGAAGAGGACCAGACCGGAAAUGGUAGUUUCCAUGGUAACUCCCGAGCGGGUUGCCUGGGAAAUGACCUCUUUCGGUCUCUUGGAAGCUCUGCUGUAGCGUCACCUGGAACGCCGAUCUAACAGAUCCUGGACUGUCUCCUGCCAUGAUUCCCGGAAAAUACCGCUCUGUUUCUGGCCGAGCUGCGAACAACGUAAACUGUGGGCUUCAUCUGGUUAUUCAAACAUCAUCGCUUCCUGACAAAAACAAAGUUGAAUUCAGGCUAAACAAAGAAACAUCAUCAUUCCCUGGUAGACUCUUACAACAUGACCUUGAGAAAAACUACUCAAGUAGGCAAGGAGAUGGAAGAGUAAUAAGUCCUUCGCUUCGUAGUAAAUCAUCAUGCAUCUCAUCCACAACAAAUGUGACAGAACUAUAUGGGCUGGAAAUGAAAACUGCCACGAGCUCCUUAUCAGCAUUUGGAGAUUCUUCCAUUCAGACACCUUCAAAGUCCAGAAUCCGGCAGGGCUGUCAUAGUGCUGGCCCAAAUGUAUCUGGUGAUCAUAUUAAUUUGGUGACCUCAUCAAUGCCAUCAUUUCCUAUUCUCCAACGUUCUUCUGAAGAGAAAAUUCUUUAUUCAGACAGGUUGACCCUAGAAAGGCAAAAGCUGACUGUAUGUCCUAUCAUCGAUGGGGAAGAACACCUUCGUUUGUUGAACUUUCAACACAAUUUUAUAACUCGGAUCCAAAAUAUUUCUAAUCUACAAAGGUUAAUAUUCUUGGAUUUAUAUGAUAACCAGAUUGAAGAAAUUAGUGGCCUUUCUACUCUGAGAUCCCUCCGUGUCCUUCUGUUGGGGAAGAACAGAAUCAAGAAAAUCUCAAAUCUGGAAAACCUAAAAAGCUUAGAUGUCUUAGACCUUCAUGGAAAUCAGAUUACCAAAAUUGAAAAUGUCAAUCAUUUGAGUGAUUUGAGAGUUUUAAAUCUUGCCAGAAACUUUUUAAGUCAUGUGGAUAAUCUCAAUGGGCUGGAUUCACUAACUGAACUUAACUUGCGGCACAAUCAAAUCACUUUUGUGAAAGAUGUGGAUAAUUUGCCCUGCCUCCAACGUCUGUUUCUCAGCUUCAACAAUAUAUCUAGUUUUGACAGUGUUUCCUGCCUUGCUGACUCUACUUCCCUCUCAGACAUCUCCUUUGAUGGCAAUCCAAUAGCUCAAGAGUCAUGGUACAAACACACUGUCCUUCAGAAUAUGAUGCAGCUGCGCCAGCUAGAUAUGAAGAGAAUCACAGAAGAAGAAAGGCGUCUGGCAUCUAUUGCAGCCAAAAAAGAAGAAGAGAAGAAGCGAGAAAGUCACAAACUAUCUUUGAUUAAGGAGAAGAAAAGGUUAACAAUUAACAACGUAGCUCGAAAAUGGGACUUGCAACAACGAGUAGCCAAUAUUGCUUCAACUCAAGAUAGAAAAGAUUCUGACUUUCCUUCGCAGGACCCCUGUCAGAUUGAUGGAAGCACCAUCUCUGCAUCUCCAGAGGAAACAGGGUCUCUAGACUCAGGACUCACCAGUGCUUUACAGGGUUUAUCUGUCAUAGACUCUCAUCUUGUAGAAGUGGAUGGAGAUACACUUUCCCUCUAUGGCUCUGGAGCACUGGAAUCUCUGGAUCGGAAUUGGAGUGUUCAAACAGUAGGAAUGGUUACUACAGUCUCCUUCACUUUCAUAGAAUUCGAUGAAAUCGUCCAAGUGCUUCCCAAAUUGAAGAUUAAGUUUCCUAAUUCUCUGCACCUCAAAUUCAAGGAAACAAAUCUCGUAAUGCUGCAGCAAUUUAAUGCACUAGCACAACUUCGUCGUAUUGAUCAACUGACAAUUGAUCCACAAGGAAAUCCAGUUGUCAAUUUUACACUCUGGAAAUACUAUGUACUAUUUAGGCUGAGCCAUUUUAGUAUGCAGAAAAUAAAUGGAACAGAGGUGACACAGAAUGAUAUGAUAAUGGCUGAAAGGCUCUUUGGAAUCCUAGCACAUGUAGCGUCUUCUGAGUUACCCCAGUACCGUGUUAUUUCAAUUCUGGGUGAUGCCAGGAAAAAGCAAUUCCGGUAUCUGCUAGAAACCAAAGGAAAAAAACCUGGUAUCGUCAAUGAAGAAAAUAACGACAGCAAAAGACUUGUAGGAGAAAACACAAAUCGUGCUACGCUAAAUUAUACCACAAGAGAAUUUUAUAAUGAAAAGCUAGAGGAAAUAAAGGAAAAAAAGAAAUUCUGCAAGAUGUAUAUAGAGGACCUUGUGAAGGAAGCCACGGAAAUCAACAUGAAAAAUGAAGCUUUGCAGAAGCUUUGGCCACAGAUGUUCAUUGAGCUUGUUAGGGAUGCAGUCAGAGAAAUCCGCAAUAAAAAUUCCUAUAUGAAGUUCUGCCUGCAGCAGAUAACUGACCAAAAAUAAAAAUAGCUUUUAGUUAUAGCUGA